AAACAGCUAGGAUGCGCAUUAAUGCAACAAGCCAUAUGUCGUUGAUGAUUCUUCCUCUGCACAUAUGCAGAUGAUGUGCAAACCUCUAUCUUUUUGUAUAAUUUAAACAACUUGGUCCGGGAUGAAGAAUGUAAGCUUGGCUGAUGAUACCAGACAAAAAGUGGAUGAGGAAAGUGCCAGAGAGAAAGAUCCUUGAGCUUAAGGUUGUUUUCAAUAACAACGUGGAAAAAAGAUAAGCCACUGAAUUAUACAGGAAGUUUAACUAUUUGCAAAUAGGUUACUGCAUUAUUACCUAUCAAGUAUUUGUUGGUCAGCCAUCUGUAGGAUAAAAAGGAAAAAGGAAAUCGAUUAUAAUCACUCAAUGAUCAAAGUUGUGGAUCCUGAUGUUAAUCAAGGUAACUAUUCUUCACUACCUCUCUAUUCCCUUGGCAUUGAUAAGGUCACAAUAGACAGCAAUCCAUAUUACUUUCAUCCUGGAGAAGCUCAUCAUUUCCUAAACUGUGGGAAACCAGUAAAUGAUAUUUGCUAUGUGGAUGCUUCCUCUUGCAUUGAUGCUACUAAUUCAUCCAAGUCUAAAAAGAGAAGGCAUUUAUCUGUGUAUGAUUCUAUUGAAGAAUUCUUGCAAGGUCACAAUAACCUUAUGUCAGUAAGGUAUUCUUACUCAGAUAUCAAGAAGAUGACAAAUGGCUCUAAGGCAAAACUAGGGGAAGUAGGUUUCGGCAAGGUUUAUAAAGCAAGGCUUAAGAGUGGUGGUCUUGCUGCAGUCAAGUUAUUGGUCAAAUCCAAAGUCACAAACCAAGAUUAUUUCAGUGAAGUAGCAACAAUUGGGAGAUUUCACCAUGUCAAUGUGGUGAAACCAAGUGACCGUGCUUCGAUGAACAAAGUGGUGGAGAUGCUUGAAGCAGAUCUUGAAAGUUUAGAAAUGCCUCCUAGGCCCUUCUAAAUAUAUCCAUAUGCAACUGAAGAAGAUGAUGCUAAAAUGAAAACCAACUCCACAAACCUUUCUAGUUACUACUUACUAGUCCCUAUGAUGAUAUAGAGAUAGAAUCAGAAUCAGUCAGUUUAAUUGAAAAUGGAAAUUAAGCAAAAAGGUUGCAGAGAAGCCUAAUUAAGUAGAGUUUUCUUU